AUGAAUAAUGAUUGCAAGGAAAUAAUUGAUCAUAUGAAUGAAUAAUUUUCUAAAUAUUAAACACUAACCUAAGAACUGUUAAAAGGAAUUAGAGAUAAAUAUUUAUUGUCUGAAUCUCAAUUUUAGAUUUUAAAUGUAACUGAUAUGAAUACUUUAUUGAAUGAGAUGCUAUCUAUUAGUAAAUUUAAGAAGAUAGCCUUUUAAGAAGUUGAUGCUUUAACUGAAAUUUUUGUAGAUAAAAUAAGAACUGUAAUUGAUGAAUUGAAAAUAAACUAACUUAAUUAUAUUAACAGUAUUUAAGAAUGUUUAGAACAAGCUAAUUCAUAUUUUAAUAAAGGUAAAAAUCUACAAAAAUAUGUUUUAGGUUAUUAAUUAUAUUAAGAAGAUAAUUGUCGUGAAGCUAUUGAAUCUUUUGAUUUGGCUUUAAUGCUCAACCAUUCUCAUUUUUAAUCUAUAUAUCUUAAAGGUAUGUAUUUAUAUUAAAUUUAAGGUGAAUGCUUAUAAUUGCUGGAUGAAUACGAUAAUUCUACAAUUUGGUUUAAAAAUGCCUUAAAGAUUAAUCAGCAACAUGUGCCUUCUUUAUUUGGAAUAGGUAAAUGAUAAAGUAUUUUUAGCAUAUUGUUUAUAUAUGAAGCAUAAUUAUGAUGAAUCUAUUUUGUAUUAUAACAAAGUAUUAGCACUUUAACCAUCAAAUCCAAAUGCUUUAUCCGGAAAAGGUUAUUCUAAAUAUUAAAUUUUAGGAAACGUUUUAUCCAUGCUUGGUUUAGAUAGUGAAGCUAUUGAUUUAUUUCAAAGAACUUUAUAAUACGAUCCUUCUAAUUAUAAUGCUUUAUGUGGCUUAGGUUACGAUAAAUAAUAUUUAUAGGUGAUAUUUUACGAAAGUAAAAAAAAUUCGAAGAUUCUUUAAUAUAUUACAGUAGAGCAAUUGAAAUAGAUAAUAAUCAACAAGUUUAUGCUCUAUAUGGUAAAGGAUUUAGUCUAAGCGAAUUGAAUAAUUAUGAAGAAGCAAUUAUACUUUUUGAUGAAGCAUUAGAAAUUGAUUAACAUAACUUAAAGUCAUUAUUUGGAAAAGGUAAUAUUUAUGACUUAAAUUCAUUUAGCACAUUGCUUAAAUAAAUUAAAUAACUUUUAAGAAGCUUGUGAAUAUUUUCUAUAAGUAUUGAGUCUGAAUAAUAAACAUUUUUAAUCUUUGUGUGAAUUAGGUAAUUAAGAAUCUAAUCUAUAUCUAUAGGGGACUGCUUAUUAAAGUUGAAUAUCCCAGAUGAUGCUAUCUUAUACUUUAGAUAGGCAUUGAAUAUUCAAAGGAAUAAUCAUCAUUUAAUGGCAUCUAUAGGUUACAAGAUAUUUUUAUAAAUUAUUUUUAGGCAACUGUUUAUUGAAAUAAGGUCAUUACCAUGAAGCAAUUUAGAUGUUUUAGAAUGUAUAAACAAUUGACUCAUAAAACAUAAUAUCUGUUGAAGGCAUUGGUUAUAAUUAAGUUCUAAUAUAGCUGAGGCAUUAAGAAAUUUAAAAGAUUAUAAAUAAUCAUAAUUUUGGUAUGAGAAAGCUUUGUGUUUAGAUCAAAAAUGUUAUAAUGUGUAUUUUGGUUUAGGUAAGAAUAUAAUUAAUAAAAUAAGGGGAAUGCUUAUUUUAACAAGCUGAAUAUUAAAAAGCUUUAGAACAGUUUGAAGAAGCUUUAUUAAAACAGGAAGAUGAUGUUUAAGCCAAAUUAAGAAAAGGUAUUAUGGCUGAUUAGUUUAGGCGAAUGUUUAAGUAAAUUGGACAGAUUUCAAGAGUCAGAGGAAUCUUUUACAAAUUUAGAACAACAUGUAAUCAUAGAUCUUGAAUAUUGUUUAUUUAGAGGUACUAUUAAAUUAUUGAAAGGAAAGGUUGCAACUUAAAAAUGUUACAGCAUUAUGAUAGGGCUAUGGAUUGGUACAAUCAGGCACUUGAGAAAGAGAAUAACAAUAUUGCAUCCCUCUUUGGAAUAGGUAUUUUUUUAUCACAUUUUUAGCCGAAUGUUUAAGAAUAAAGAAGGAUUUUUAAAAUUCAAUAAAUUAUUAUUAGAAAGUGAUAGAUUUAUCGCCAAAUCAUAUCUUUUCAUUAUUUGGAAAGGGUAACUUUAUUUUGUAACUUUUAAAGGUUAUUGUUUAUAAAUGUAAAAAAAAUUCUAGGAAUCUAUCGCUAACUUUGAUAUUGCUAUUAAUAAAAAUUCUAAUUAUUUACCAUCCCGUUAUGGGAGAGGUAAUUAUUCUAUUAAUUAAAAGGAAGAAGUUUAAUGAUGUUAAGAAAAUAUAAGGAAUCACUUAUUAAUUUUUAGGAGAUCCUUAAUUUCCAUGGGAAUCAUUAUCAAUCUUUAGUUGGAAAAGGUAAAUUAAUUUAAGUAAUUUAGCGGAUGAUUUAUUAAUGUUGGGAUAAUACAAAGGUGCCAUUGAAGCAUUUAAAAAUGCUAUUGAACAAGAUCAAAACAAUAGUACCAUUUAUUUUAAGAUCGGUAUUUCAGUAUCUACUAUUUUAGGUUAUUGUUUAAUAGUAUUAAAAGAAUUUGAUGCAGCCAUUUAAUACUUAAUAUAAGCUUAAAGUUUAAACUAAUAGUGGAGUAAUCCAGCAUUUGGAUAAGGUGAGUAAAUUAACUAUUUAGGUUAUUCCUUAAUGAUGAAAGGAAAAUAUAUUAAUGCUCUAGAAAAAUAUGAUUUAGCUUUAUCAUUAACUCCAAAUCAUUUCUAUUCUUUAUUUGGAAAAGGUGAAACUCUAUUGAUGAUGGGUAAAUAUGGUGAUUCUAUUAAAACAUAUAAAAUAAUAGAAUAAAUCGAUAACAAAAAUCUGCAAGCUAUAUUUAGAAUAGGUUUUAUUUGUUAUAUAAAACAUUAGGAUAUAAUUUAAUAUUGCUUGAAAAAUACAAAGAUGCUCUUGAUUAUUUUUAAAAAGGAAUAUCGAUUGAUUAAAAUAAUGCAAAUUUUUUGUCUGGAAUAGGUAACAAUUAUAAUUAAUUAGGUGAAUGUUUAAGAUUGUAAAAUGAUUACACAUAAUCAUUGAAAAAAUUUGAUUAGGCUUUGCAACUUAACUAGUAACACAGUUUAGCAUUAUUCGGAAAAUGUACUAUAGAAAAUAUUUUAUUUUAAGGUGAAGUUUUAAAAAGCUUAAAACGUCAUUAUGAAGCUGAAAAAUUAAGUAAACAAAUCAAUUUAAAUUCUUAAUAACACUUUAUAAACAAAGAAAUGGGUAAAUAUUUAUUAUUAAUUAAUAAGGGGUUUUCUUAGAUAUUCUAUAAAACAAUCAAAAUGCUUAGAAUUUUCCUGGUAUGCCACUUAUCUAGAUUUCUAGUGAUGAAUAAUGGAUAGGCCUUUAAAAAUGA